UGCAGCUGCGACUGGUUGACUUGCUGAUCUGAAGUUUAACGGCUGAAGACCCUCGUCAUGAUGACUCCAGUGAUCGUCUUCCUCCUCUUCCUCUCCAUGGGGGCAGUUCCCUCUCGGGCCGUCAACGAUGAAGUUCUGAAAGAGGUUUCUUCAGACGUUUCUCAAACCAUCGCCAGAGUCAACUCUGGCUCAAAGACGAGGCUCGUACACGGUGACCUUUUACCAAACACAGACAGGAACGCUGACACCUGCACUGCAAGCGGCUGCAAGUGGCCCAAAACUGGAAACUACGUCUACGUUCCUGUUACCAUCUCAUCUCAGUACACCAGAGAAGAACAGAACAUCAUCAUCAGGGCCCUGCUGACCUUCCACGAAAGCACCUGCAUCCGCUUCAUGUGGAGACGUCGGGAACAGAACUACAUCUACUUCUACUCUGGAUCCGGGUGCUUCUCUUACCUGGGCCGUCAGAACCGAGGACAGCCAAUCUCUCUGAGUAAAAGAGGCUGUUUGUACUUGGACACGGUGCAGCACGAGGUGCUCCAUGCUCUGGGCUUCCACCACGAACAAGUCCGCUCUGACAGAGACGAACACGUCAGCAUCCUCACCCAGAACAUUCAGGAAGGAACUGAGCCCCAGUUUGCAAAGGAGCAGACGAACAACCUGCAAACUCCCUACGACUUCGACUCCGUCAUGCACUACAGCAACUUUGCCUUCUCCAAAAAUGGCCAGCCAACCAUCGUAGCUAAGGAUGAUCCUAACCGCGUGUUUGGACAGGCUACAAGAAUGAGCCAGAACGACAUCGAUCGUAUCAACAGGCUUUACAAUUGCUAAACCAAAAGGACUGGACUGGUCUGGACUGGAAAAUGACAAAUCUCUCAUGGAAACAUCUUUAAUUCAACUCAGCCACCGCAACUCUGCCAC